AUGAGCACAGAAGGUUCCGAUCUGAAAGGAAAAGAGCAUCAAGAAUUCAUGCUGGAGAAUCUUGCCUCUAUCGAUUUAAUCCGUCAGCGACUGAAUUUGGAUGGACUUGGGGUUGAAAAAUUACCUGGGGAUGCCGAGGUUGAUGAGGAUGAUGGUAUUGCUGCUGCCAUGGCUAAUGCUGAUUUCAAAGAGAAGCCCAAAACUAUAGUUACAAGGAUGGAUGUUAAUGGAGUUCCGAAUAUCGGCUCUGUCUUCCAAUCCCGGGGUCUCAAGAUCUACAAAUCACCAGAAGCAGCACCAAGACAACGUCCUUAUAAGGAUGAAUACCCCGACAAGAUGCCGCGAAACCGUCAUCGAUAUCGGAGAUUGGGUUAUGCGUAUGCUGUCCACGAAGGACCUCUUGGCCAAUAA